AUGACUUCUCUGUCGACCCAAGGCGUGUAUUUUCGCCUAUACCACAUAUUGGAGGAAAAGACACGUCACAGGCCGUCAUGGAUCGAACAGGCCAAUUACACUGCUUGGCUGCUCUGUCUAGUCGUGGCCUACGCGACGUGGAAAAUCGCCUAUGCACGGCUCCUAUCUCCAUUGAGACAUAUUCCGGGCCCCAUGGCCUCGCGACUUACGUCCAAGAGGGGAACCUGGGCCGUUAUCACGGGCAAAGCUUCAGACAUUGCCUUGGCCGACUACAACGCGUAUGGCGAUGUAUACGUGGCCAAGCCAAACGCCGUCUUCCUCUGCGACCCGGAAGAUGCCCGCAACGUCCUGUCGGUGGGCGAGUUUCGGAAAACAGACAUGUAUCGCAUCUUUGAGUACGAGGGGGUGCCCAACGUGUCGACAUUCACGGAUCCCGUCGAGGCGAACCGUAGACGCCGCCAGCUUCAUCCGUUUUUCAACUACGGAUAUUUGGCCAAGGUGGAGCACAAGAUUCUCGAAAAGGGGUUUCUGGCACUCAGGGAGCGAUGGAACAAGGCCAUAGACAAGGCCGCAGCCGAGGCAGGCCAUGCCGACACCACCGUCGUCAAUUAUCGCAUCGACACGCAGCUGGCCAUGUUUGACAUCACCGGCGUGCUCGUCUUCGGGAGAGACUUUCACGCGUUGCGUGACACAAAUCUGGACUACACAAGCUGGGUAAACAAUACGCUCACCUACAUGCUGCUGAACCACUACUUCCCGGUCCUGAAGCGCUGGCCCUUUUCCGGCCUCACCCGGCGCCUGAAGAAGUCGUACGACGAUCUCGCCCGGUUUAGUCGGGACUCGAUUACCAUACGCAAGCAACUUCUCGACAGAGGCGACAAGAAGCCCGUCGACUUGCUGCAAGCCUUGUUAGACUCGGUAGAGCCCGACUCUAAAAUCCGCAUGACAAGUCGCGAGGUGCAGACGGAGAGCAUCAGCAUGCUCGUGGGAGGAUCCGAGUCCACAUCGUCCGUCAUUUCAUGGGUCAUUCACUUUCUACUGCUGUACCCCAACUACUUCACCAGAGUCGUCAACGAGGUCCGCAGUGAGUUCCCCCCGGACCACGUUAUUACGCAGGCCGAGAGUCGCGCAAAACUGCCCUUCCUCGAGGCAUGCAUCUACGAGACGCUGCGCUGCAUACCGACCGCAAGCACAUCCUUCCCACGCAUCUCCCAUCAACGGGGCAUCACUGUCAAGGGCCAUUACAUCCCCCCCGGGACGGAAAUCGUGACCAACAAGUGCGCAGCCCAUGUGCAUCGCGAGACCUGGGAGGACCCCUUUGAUUUCAAGCCUGAUCGCUUCAUCGGCGGCAACAACGACAGCGCCGAGGCCAAGCGCAACAUGCUCUCCUUUGCGUACGGCACCAGAGUUUGCAUUGGCAAGAAUCUCGCCUGGGUGGUCAUGAUGGUCACGCUGGCCAACUUGUUUAAUACGUACGACAUUUCUAUUCCGGACGAUAGCAUCUUCCGACCGGAGAAUGUAGAUGCGGAUGGUCGUCCCAAGAUCAUGCCUACAAAGCUGGGUGUGGCUACGAUGCCGGCCAAUCCAGACAGGGACUGUCGCAUGGUGAUUAAGAAGAGAGCGAGUGCCUAG